UCGUGGUUAGCGUUUUGAUAUCGUUCAGAGAAUUUUCAGUGAUAACAGUAUCAGUUAAUGGACGCGGCGAAGUAAGUCGAAAACAAACCUCAGAAUGUGAUUGUCGCAAAAAAACAAGUCAUUCAGAAAAGAAAAAUUGUUUUCGAAAUAUGGAACUGCCCACCGGCAAGCGCGGCAUCCUGAGAGAGAUGGGCGUGGGAUAAUCCACUCAUCGCGGACAACCUGGUCAACAUGAAUAAAUCUCAACUCCCUGCCCCAGUUCCUCAACUUCCCACAAUGGAGUCGACAAAUACCACCCGCUUCGACUACCAACAGGACGAAAUGAACUUAUAUUACGUUAUCUGCGAAGUUUUGGUGGCAGUGUUCGCUGUGAUCGGUAACGCCCUAGUCAUUUUCGUGUUUCGAAAAGAGCGCCGUUUGCGGAGAAGGACGAACUACUACAUCGUGUCACUAGCAGUGGCCGACCUGCUGGUCGGUCUGCUGGGAAUCCCCUUUGCCAUCCUGUCUUCGAUUGGUAUCCCGCAGAACCUGCACGCGUGCCUGUUUACGGUGUCGUUGUUGGUGGUUCUGUGCACCAUCUCCAUUUUUUGCCUGGUGGCUGUGUCGGUAGACAGGUACUGGGCCAUCCUGCACCCCAUGGGCUACUCGAGGAAUGUCAGGACGAAGACCGCCAUAGUCAUCAUCUCCGUGUGCUGGGUGACCGGCAGCCUCGUAGGCUUCUUCCCCCUCAUGGGCUGGCACAACGACGACCACUUCGACGGCAGAUGUUUUUUUCUCCACGUCAUGGACUACAACUACCUCGUUUUCCUCUACUUCGGCACCAUCAUCACGCCGGCCCUCUUCAUGGCGGCGUUCUACGCCCACAUAUACAGGGUGGUCCUCAAACAACUGCGCGCCAUCGUCACCAUGAACCCGGAGAACGGCAGGUCUUCCUCUGGAGGAACCAUGCUCCGAAUGCUCGGCGCCGCUCAAAAACGCGAAGUCAAAGCCACCCAAAACCUAGCCAUUAUAGUAUUAUUUUUCAUGAUCUGUUGGAUUCCUUUAUAUACCAUCAACUGCGUUUUAGCCUUUUGUCAUGACUGCAAAGUCGACUCCAGUUUCAUGUUCUCGUGCAUCAUUCUGUCGCACCUCAACUCAGCAGGGAAUCCCCUUCUGUACGCCUACCACUUGCGCGAUUUUCGCUCAGCUCUGAAGAACUUCUUCUGCAACUUGUUCGGGUACAAGGAAGCUCAAACCCCGAAUGCCAGGCCGUCGUGCAACUACAACGACCGCCUGAGUAGGAACAACACGGAGAAGGCUCGCUCCAACUCCCAGAUCUACUACCAGAAGAAGUCGGAAGUGAGGAUGACGACGACGGCGGCGACGAUCGCCGUCGCUUCCGCCGAAACCAACAGACACAUCUGGACCCUACCCGAAGGGUCGUCCGACUCGAGCGACUCCCUCAAGCACAACGAAAAAGUCUCGAUAGUGCGCCCCGCGACUCCCUACAGGCCCCACCAGACCAACGACGUCUCCCAAAUCAACCCCUCCUACGUCGAAAGCUCCAGCGUGGACGAAGAAAGCGACGACGUCUUCAUCGACGACUCGUUACCCUUCACCGAGUUCAAGCACGACCUAGAAACCAACUUAACCGACAAGAUUAAGAACGAGUUGAAGAUCGUGUCGGAGACUAAACCGCUUUCGAAUUCCUCGCCGCAGCUUUCCAGGGGUUUGUUCUUCGUGGAGAGCGACGUGAGGAAGCCGUUCGCGAGGAGUUAUAGUUCUAUGGACGGCGGCGAGCUGAAGAAGAUUCAGAAGAGUCCGUUUCGGGCUAGGAUUUUCAAAAACAGACCGAAGCUGGGGAGGAGUUUGAGCGACGAGGGGACGACGUCGAACGAGUCGAUGGCGAGGAAAUCGAACGGGACCGUGCCGAGGAGUUCUUGUGGUAGCUAAUUUUCCGCGCGUUCAAAGUGGCCAAAUAAUUUAUUGUCUAUUUAUUGAGCGGUUGGGUUGGAAUUGUCAAUUAAUCGGUCCGCAGAAACGAUUUGGGGUGUGUUUCGGAUUGGGUGUUUGUUGCGGCGUCGUAAAUUACAUUCCAAUUUUUGUAAGUGUUCAUUGUACAUGUGCUUUCAUAUGUGUAAAGAUAUUUUUAUGUACGGACGUUUAUGACGUAAAUAAAAGUAUUACUCCAU